AGUCCAACUGUUAAAGCCAUCCUAUCUUCCUAGUUCCUUCCCAUCUCUACCUUCUUCAAUUUUCCAACCAACAACAACAAUGACGAACCAUCUUCAAGAACCCUUAACCACUUACCCUAAACCGGGUCUAACCAAAGAACAGGAACAACUUGACGAAAAGUUGAUGAGCUUGCAAGCGUUCAGGAUCACCAAUUCAUUGGCUUUUCCCAUGGUUUUCAAAGCUGCCUUGGAGCUUGGCGUCUUUGACACCAUCUCUGCGCUAGGCAUAGACGCGUGGCUCUCCUCUUCCGAGAUAGCUUUUGCUCUCCCUACCAAGCCCACCAACCCAGAGGCGCCAAUCUUGUUAGACCGGAUGUUACGGUUACUCGUCAGCCACUCGAUCUUUAAGUGUCGUAUAGUUGAAACCGGGGGUAACGAUCAAACCGGAAUGACCCAAAGGGUAUAUGCAGCCGAACCCGUUUGCAGGUUUUUCUUAAACCGCGGUGACGACUCGGGUUCGCUCAUGACCCAAUUCAUGUUGCUCCAGAGCGAGGUCUUUUUCAAAACUUGGACACAUCUGAAGGAUGUGAUACAAGAUGGAAAAGAUGCAUUCAGUUCUGCCCAUGGCAUGGGACUCUACGAAUACAUUGAGUUGGACGAACAAUUUGCUGGUAUAUUUAACAAGGCAAUGUCAGAAUCUUCUACCAUGAUCAUGAAGAAGUUUUUAGAAGUUUACAAAGGAUUCAAAGAUGUAAAGACUUUAGUUGAUAUCGGAGGAGGACUUGGCACCAUAAUGAACCUUGUUACUCGCAAGUAUCCUGAAAUUAAGGGCAUCAAUUUCGAUUUAGCUGCAAUUAUAGCCACUGCUAAUGUUUAUCCAGGAGUGGAGCAUGUAUCCGGAGAUAUGUUUAUAGAAGUUCCAAAAGGAGAUGCAAUCUUCUUGAGACGGAUGUUACGUGAUUGGAACGAGAAAGAUUGUGUAAAGAUACUAACAAACUGUUGGAAGAGUCUGCCGGAAAAGGGGAAAGUAAUAAUAGUUGACACGGUUGCACCAUCAGAACCAAAGAGGGACGACGACAAUUUCUCUAACAUUGUCUUCGGUAUGGACAUGUUGAUGUUAACACAAUGUUCCGGUGGUGAAAUGAGGUCAUCUUCUCAGUUUGAAGCUUUAGCCUCUGCUUCGGGUUUUCAUAAAUGUGAAAUAACUGAUCUUUCUUAUACGUAUUCUGUUAUCGAGUUCUACAAAUAGAUUCAGAGUUUGCAAAAAAAUAAGCAAUACUUGAUUUUGCGUGGGAGGAGAUUAUGAACUCAAAAAAAGUUGCUUUGAAUGUUUUUUUUUUUCUUCUUUUUUAAUUUUUUGUAAGAAAGAUUUGUGGUUUUGGUAGUUUGUUUUUCUUUCAAGAUUGUGUUGAUCAUUUGAUAAGAUGUUUGUAUUAAGGCUGUGCAAUAAAGUCCAGCUGGGACAUUGUACUAUCUACAAAUAAUGGUGAGUAUUGUACUCGCUGCUUAAUAUUAUUAGUUUUUUUUUUU